GGAAACCGCACCCAUCGGAGAGCCGGGGCUGCUUAAAGAGGGGCUGGGAUCGGCUUCUCGCAUCCCGGGAGCUGCGGGGCUCGGAGGGAGAAGGAGAGAAGGAUUUCAGGCCUUUCCUUCCUGAUUCCUCCUGAGUUCUCCAGGGGUUCCCAUCACCUUCUCCACACCCCACCGUGUGCCCCAGGCCUGCCGCUGUGCUGUGCUGUGUCCCCUGAGCUGGGGCCCUCGGCUGCCGGUGUCUGCUGGGAAGCCAAGGCUGGGAGCAAGGGGAGCAUCUGCUGAGAGCCAUGGCUUCGCCGGAGGGCACACAGGAGGGGGAUACAAAGGCACAGCUCCUGGCAAAGGCAUUUCAGGAUGAAGGGCUGGAUGCUGGAUACUGGCUGCCCAAAGUGUCGCAGAUCCUGGGAAUUGAGUGCAGAGAAGCCCUGCAACAUCUGGAAUACGAAGACUACCUCAAGCUGGAGUGUGAGGUAAGGCACCCCUGGGAGAAGAAGGCACUCAAGAAACUCCUGAAAAUGAGAGAUGACAAAACAACCAGUAAAGAUGUGCAGAAGGAGGACUGGGAGAAGAGAAAGGAGAAACAAGAAUUGGCCAAAGAAGCCCUGAAUGAUCUGACAGAAAUGCUCAACAGCCGCAGCCACAGCCAGGAUGCUGUGAGGGAGAAAGCAGAGACUCUGUGGCAAGCCAUGGAGAUUCCCCAAGAGUUCUGGCCAGCACCAAAGGAACCCUCGGCGGAUAUGCUGGAGAGCAUCCAGAAGCAGCUGGAGCAGCAGGAGUUGUCAGCAGGCAGGAGAGAGAACAUCCCUGACGCGGAGGUGCUGAGGCGGGCGUCAGGGGGACUGGCCCUGCAGGGCAUCUACAGAACCAGCAGACCUGGAGAUGCGCUGGCAAAGCGAGAUCAGCUCCUCAGGGUUCCUGAGGGAUUCCAGCUUGCCGGUCCGGAGCAAGGAUCACUCCUUGAGAGGAAGGACUUCUCCUCCUCUGCAGCAGAAUCCUCUUUCACCAAGUCCAUGGAGCAGCUGGGGUUCAGCAUGAGUGUUUCUGCCAAAUGCAAGUUCUGGGGAAUUAAUCUGGGAGCAGGUGUAGAUGGCAGCAGCUCCUCACAGUCACAGAACACCCACCAGUCCCGCUCUGAGCAGAGCUACUUUUGCAGCACCAGGUACCAGUACCUCCCUCUGGCCUCCUGCUACUUCCAAAGGCAUCAGCUUUGCCUCUCGAAUGCGGCUCUGUGGGAGCUGCAAGACAUGGAGCAGCUUUUGAGUUUCACUCAGGAUGACAAGACCCCCCUGCUAAAUAUGUGUGAGAGGUUCUUCAGCAGGUUUGGGUCCCAUGUAAACCAGGGUCCCCUCCACUUUGGGGGGAUAUUCUGGUGGAAGGCGUCUACUGAGGGAUUCCGAGAGGAGCAGAGGGAAGAGAUGAAGCGACAAACGUCUGAAGCUCUGAACAGCUUUGUCAGGGCCAGCUGGGGUGGCUUCCUGGCAAGUGCUGCGGGGGCCCUGGAUGUUUCUAAAUCCAGCUCAAAGGCUUCUGUCCUGGGAAGAGCCGGAGAGGGUUCCCAUACAGCGAUUCAGCUCUACGUGGUCAACACAGGGGGCCCACCAGACACAGUUUCCCCUUCUCAGUGGAGAACGGGUCUCGUGUCUGAUAACACAACGUGGUGCGUUAUCGACCGUGGGUUUGAGCUGAUCCCAGUGUGGGAUGUCAUCCUGUACAAUCACAGCAGGGAUUUUAAGUCUGUGGGUCAGAUGAGCACAGCCCUCAGGGCUGCAUACAAAGCACUGACAAAUCUGAGCGUUGGCAGCAUUUUUGGAGAGGAUCUGGGCAGUGCAGUGCAAGAGGCCAGAGAUUUCAUGAGGACUCUGAAGGCCUGGGAGGUGCCGGUGGAUGAAAGGAAGCUUCUCAUGCUGAUGGAGCUAAAAGAUGAUCUGAAUGCCAAAACCAGGAACCCCAGUGUGUGGAUCAACGUGUGCCUGUCAGACAAAGCCCUGCAGGACUUCCUGGUGAACACCGUGCGGAGUUGCCAGGAGUCACCUCCAGAAAACACCAGAUUUAUCAAGGUAAUAUUGAAAAGCCUCCUGACUCCACAUAUCUACUCUGUCAAGGACUUCUCUGAUGCUUCCGACAUUAUGCAAUGGAUCUUCCAGACCGAGCACUCACUUCCCAACUCUCCCAAAGUCUCUGAGCUUGAAGACCUCAUCAAAACACUGCAGCAAAUGAAGGAGCACAUCCAUGCUGUCUCCUACGCACCAGGAAGCUCUGCUUCCGCCAUUCAUGAAGCAAAGCGAGAAGCGACCCAGACCAGCAGCCUCGCCAUUUAUUCCUUACUCCAGUGUCUCCAGGAAAAGGCUCAGAAGGACAUGGAACUGUUGGUGCUCUUGAUUGUGAGCAGCACAGGGUACCAGGUGGAAAGCAGCACUUUUCAGCACCUCCUUGGACACCCAGAAAUUCAGUACAUGGCCAAGGAAAUGGAAGUGGCACAUGAGGAGUACGUGAACCUGAAGGAGCAGGAUGAUGACAGAGCUGAGGCCUAUCUUCUGCUGAAGGGUCUGACUGUGACACCAGAAAGUCAAGGGCUGUCCCCUGAGCAGAAGAGGGAGCGUUUAAUUUUCAUGGAAGAUCGCAUGAAAGGUUUCUGGUCCUCAACAAAGAUAAAGAAUCUGCUCCAAAAGCACAGUGGAGGUGAAGACUGGGAGAGGCUGGAACAGGACUUGCAUUCCUUGAUCAGUGGGUGCUUGGAUGACAACGGGGAUGAAGAGAGGAUGCAGAACAUACUCAGAGACCUGGAAGACACUUUUCCAGCACCUGAUCCUCCCAGUCACUCUCAAUCCAUCUCAGACAGCAGCCAACCCAAAUCAAAUGACGCAGAUGCAAACCGGGAGUUCCUCAAUCUGCUCAAGCGCCUGGGACUGGAAAGUCACUAUCCAAGAAGAAUGGGUAUGGGAGAUUUCCACACCAUCUGCAGGACAUGUCUGCAGGACAGCCAGCCCAGCCAGGACACGGAGCUGCCAGGUUACUUCCUGCAAAAGCUGCUAACCGUGGAUUACCAAAAGGACACAGCUGGAAGCUUUGUUCAAGAGAAAAUUUCAGGCUGAAGGAAAAAUCCCUGAGGCAUGGCAGAGAAUUACCAAGCAGGAAGCAUUGGCCGAGCUGGACAGGCGUUACGCCACAUCCAUGGGAAGGAAGAAACACAAGGGCUUUGCAGUUUAGGAGAACUUUGUAGCAGGUUCUCCACAAAUUCAGUUACAAUGAUGAUGUUCUCAAGCCCAAUGAAGAGAAUGGUAUACAACUGCUCCCAAGUUUGGUGAAAUAAGGCGUUUUACUGUGGCUGUCGCUCAGGAACUCCCUUGCUUGAUGAGAAAGCCAGAAUCCUCUUGCCUUCUUGCCAUAAAUAUUUCCCUCUGCUUUGUCUUAGAGCCAAACCAAAGCCCCUCCUUGCGGCGAUCAGCCCCGUGGCCAAGCCUGAGCCUGAGGGCCAGGGCAAGGGCAGAGGCAGCACUCAGAGCACCCCUUGGAUCAGGUGCUGUGAGACAGGAAGAGACAGUGCCCCCAAGGCAGUUUUCCUGCAGCAAGGAGGUGUCCUGCUCAGAGAAAGGGCUGCAGGACCUGAGGGCAGCUCCACGCUGGCUGCAAGCUGGGCUGCUUGGCUUUUGGGCAACAUCCUUCCCUCCCUCACUGCAGCCUCCUGGAUCAACUGAGGCCCUUCUCCCAGCAGGAGCUGUUGUGCCUCCGGCCUCAGGAAAGUGGGGACACGAUGGCCUCGGGGCUCAGGCAGUGCUUUCACUCCCAGUCUCAGAGGUGCUGUGUCUCUGUCCAGGGCAGCUGCUCCUGCUCAGGUGCCUGGGGCUGCUGCCCUUCCCUCCAGCCCUCAGGCCUGCAAGGAGCUGCUCCUGCCCUUGGCCUCACUGCUGAACAAAAGCCUUGGGAAUGCCCCAUGUGGAGAAUCCUGCCUGCCAGCAGCUUCCACAGCAGCCCUGGGGGCAGUGCUGGUGCUGUCCAGGCAGGCUGGUGGCACUGGAGCCGUGCUCUGGAGAAGGUGGCACCAGCUGGCUCUGGCCCAGGCAGGCGUGGAGGCUUUUGCUGUGCAGGUGCUGCAGCCCCACUGGCAAUGCGAGGGCCAAGCCCUGCUGGAGAGCUGGCUGAAGGGCUGCUUCAGCCUCAUGCCCUGCAGGCUCUGCUAAUAAAGGAGUUGAUUUGGACCUCCCUGCUCUGUGUCCCCUUUGUGUUCAGGGCAGCCACAGCUGGGGGUGACUGGAGACAGGCAGGGGACAGGGGGUGGCACUGGGUGAAUUCCUAAGGCCUGAACAACGGGCCCUGCCUGAGGCCUGAACAUUAGGCCCUGAGUCAAAGUUGCCCAGUGGGUGAACCUUUCGACCAAAAGUGAUGUGUAUGCACUCUUUAGGGAAGCAUUAUUAGCCAUAUGAUAAAUGUAUCUGCUCAUUAACGAAGCAUCAUUAACAAUAUGAUCUCGUUCAGUUACCGAGAGGGGCUCUCCGUUCCUUCACUGUGACAGGGGCUCCCCAGCUGAUGUGUGGAGCUGGAGGAUGGUAAAGUCUUGGGGUAACUGGAGAUGUGUGUCAUCUCACUGUAUGCAAUCUUUUGUUGUAACAACGAUGUGCCUUGCUGAGCUCAUCCUUUUGUGAUUCUUGGCAGUUAUGCAUUAUAAUAAAUGACACCUCUUCCUUAA